GGCAGAGAUUGGUCAGACUGUACAAAGUGCUGUUGUUUGAUCAAACAACCUCCCCGUCACAGGACAUAGAAGCACACAUCAGAACAGAGACAGAGAGAUGAGCAAUACAUCUAAGGAUCUCCUGAUCAUUUAUGAGGCAGAGGCUGAGCAGUGGGCAUCGUACCUGCGCUUCCAUCUGGUAGGCCCCAUUCCUGAGGCUGGCAUCUGUUGUUAUGAUAUUGCUUUGGUGACCAGUCGUCGGGAUGACUUCCUGCGACUUGGUGGAUACAAAUGUAAGCUGCUUAUCCUGUCGCGUGGCAUGCUGGAGGGGCUAUGCCAGCUCCGACGGUUCUUUCUGGCUCGUGUAUUGCGGCCAGAGACCAGUGUGGUGAUUCUCAUGUGUGGAGUAGAAAGCCUGGAUCCUCUACUAGAGCUACUUCCACUGAAGGGAGAGCAAUGUCUACAAAUUUCCUGCGAGCAGGAGCCUCAGGACUAUCGACUGGCUAUAGCAGAGAUUGUACACAAAGGUGGACAGGCAUCUGCAGCGGAUGGAAUAACAUUCCAGGAGUUGAAAAUACAGAAGAAACUGUCCAGUGGUGCUCUUGUCACAAAUCAGUCUUUACUGGUUCUACCCAGCCGUGUACCAUGUGAGAAUCCAAAGGAGAUCUUCAUUAUUCUGCAGGAGGCAAUGGCCAGCAAAGAAGCAGAGGUGGAGUUCAGUGGGAAUAAGCAGAGAGUGAGAGUGAAGCCUGUAAAUUGGAAUGAGAGCACACUGAAAGUCGCUGUACCUGAUUUUACUGCUGGAGAUGUGAUUGUAACACUUUACAGUAAAGGCCUUGUGAAAGGCAAUGCCUGCUUACAAUACUACACCAUCAUGGAAGAUAUUGUCCACUCCCUUCAGCAGGCUGUAGAUCCUGUGAAGUUUAUGUGCCAGGCUUUUCAGGUUUCUUCUUUGGAGAAGCUGGAUCAAACUCUGGCUUCCUGUUUAAUGCAGAAAAUGCCGACAGGAGGUUUCCAGGGCUUGCAGCGUGAUCUGUCUCCUACUGGAGAAUGUCACUCAGAGGACAUUCCUACUCUCCUGCAUUUUGCGGUCCAGCAUGGAUUGCGAGAUCUGGCCAGUGCUUUGCUGCAGUGUCCUGGAUCCCAGCAGGCACUUAAGAUCCACAACCGCCUUGGACACACACCACUGGAUCUUGCACACGUACAUGGACACAACGAGCUCUACAUCCUCCUACAAGAGUCACUGACACUUGAUGACAAUGAUGGCAACACUGACAACAGUGUAUAUGAGCUGAUGAGCAGACCAGAUAAUCUUCGGUUGGUUGAUCCUAAUGAGGAACACCAAGAUAAUGAAGAUGAAAAUGUCUAUACUCCCCUGGGUAAAGAUGGGGAAGAGUAUGACACCAUCCUCAGAUCCAGCAGCCCUCUAGUAAUAGUGAACCGUCCCCCCGCACCGACCCCUCGGCCUGACUCCUUUCCUACCCCAGAGGACAAGACUCCCUUCAUUGCACAAGUUUUUCAGAAGAAAAAGUCACAAGGAGAUGCUGAAACAUUGUACUCUUUACCCACAAGGCAGGCGAGGCUGAGGGACAGCAUCUCAACCACUUAUGACACCUUUGUGCCCAAUCAGCCACCAGGACUGGACGAGCUGAUAAAACUUCAGCAGGAGGUGAAGAACGGAUCUCUGAGUAUAGAUGAUGCCCUGGAUCGAUUUAAUGACUGGCAGAGGCUUCAGAAAGGAAUGGAUAGCAUUCAGCAGGAGAAAAUACAGCAGCUGAGGGCUAGUAUCAUCAGCAACAGAGAGGAUGAUGAAAGUGUCUAUGAUAAAAUCAGCAUCAUUCAUCACACACCAACUGCAUCUCCAAACAAGUGUCAAAGAGCGAGUCAGCAAGCGGACACUGAGUUCUACAGUAAACCUAUAAAAGGACAAAAUUCAAAUUUCUUCAAGAAGUCAGACAAACAGUAAGAUCAUCCUGAUUGUGGAAGCACUGAUCUGUGAAAGAAAUGCACUAAACAGGAACAGACACAAUAUAGUGUACAUUAAUAUAAAUUUCAUGGCAAUUUGUAACUAUUUUACAUUCUAAAUUGCAUCUAAUUUGAAAGUUUUGUUUUUUCACAUGAUCACAUUGUACAAAUCACAUUAUAUUAAUUUAUACAAAAGUGUCUAAAAUAGUGAAGUUUUAUCAUUACAUCAGGUUGGGUAAUAUCCAGUGUCAGAGCAAUAAUAAAUAAUUAUUCACUUUUAUUCAAAUCCUACUAAGGUAAUACUUUAGAAUUAUUAACUAACUACUUAGUAACAAGCAUAAUAGCUUCUUAAUUAGUACUUACAAAGAAAAUAUUAUUGCAUUAUUUUGCAUGACCAUAUUCUGUCUAAACAUAACCAUUACAAAUGACUACCUUACGACUAUCAAUAAACAUCAAACUUCUCUCAAAGUUUAAUGAGGAAAAAACCUGCAUUGAAUAUGUGUUCCCGAAUCUAAAGCGUUACCCCCUCUAUUGAUUAUUUAAUUUUCACUGUUUCUUCUUAUUUACAGACUGCUCAGGAUUGUGUUGUAUAUUUUUUAAAGAGAAUGUUUCGUAUCCUUCACUGCCACCAUUUAUCAAGAAUCAUUAGACCAUAUAUUAAAAAUAUCUUUACAAUGUUUCCAAUAAAGAAAAUUCAACUUGAGAUUAUACCAUAGUUGGAUGAGAAUGUCUUUCUAAUGUUUUCUGAUUAAAGGUUUUAAAGAUAUUUUA